AAUGUGAGCUGGUUGGCCAGACCAGAGGAAGUGUGGUGCAGCUCUUCCUGUGUUAUUAUCACUACACUAUCAUGUAGCCAGUUGGUAAACGGUAGCUCAAAUAUUUAAAAGCAGCUUUGGCUUAAUCGCAUACUUUACUAAGCUUUAGCCCAUAAAUGUCUCCUCAGCUCACUAAAUAGCCGAAAUCCUAAUGGUGACAACAUGAAGUCUGCCAAGAAGAAAUCUUUGCUAAACAAAGCAAAGAGAGGCGAGAAACAACACGACGCCGUCACAGUUAAAACUGAAUAUGAAGCACAGCUGGACGGUGAGAUGGAGGAAGACGUCAAGGAAGGUUACACUAAUGGAGAAGGUCUCAACAUCCAAAUCAAAGAGGAACCACAUUCACAGGAGAUCGGUGAGGAGCACAGAGGAGGAGACGCAUCAAGCUGUUUUGACACUAAGCCUGACACUGUGACAUUCAGGCCAGAUGUUCACCAUCAACAUGGACAUGUAAAGGACGAGCCUGACUCAGACCAUCAGCCAGAAUAUGAGUUCACUGCAGGGUAUGAGGCGGCUGUCAAGGAGGAGUCGGACUCAUGGAUUAAAGAGGAGAGAGACUGUGAGCAGGAGGCAGAGGAUGCAGGCAACAUCCAGGAAGGUAAUGGAGAGGAAGAGGAGGUCUGCACAGAGUCAUCAUCUGAGUUCUUUCCAUGUCCUCACUGCACUGUCUCCUUUACUGACUUGGACUUCUUGGAGAAACAUGUCAAAUGGGUCCACCAGAAGCAGUAUCUGGCUAAGCUGAAAAAAUGCCUCUCAAGCCGCAAUUUAAACCUCAUCCCCAAACACACCUGCACUGUCUGCAGCAGCACCUUUAACUCUAAAGUACACCUUAGGGUCCAUGUACAAGAAGUGCAUCCUUCUGCCCCUCCUCGCAGGCUCCACCCCUGCCCAACCUGUGCGCGCAGCUUCCAGUACCUGAAGAAUCUGAAAAAUCACUGUCAGCGCUGGCACAACAUGUCUGUGGUUACCAGAGGUGGGCAUCUCAGCUGCGCAGACUGUGGGAAGAGUUUCAAAGCUACCUGGGGUCAAGGGCCUCAUAUGUGUCAUGAACCGGAUAACACAGAAUCUGAGGAUAAGCCUAUCUGUCUGGAUAUUGGUGUGCAGUGUCCAGAAUGUGGCAAAAAGGUGCGCACACCUCAAAGCUUGGAGGAUCACAUGCGUACCCACACAGGUGAUCGGCCAUUCGUCUGCAAGGAUUGUGGCCGGAGGUUCGUGGAGCGCAGUGGUUGGCGUCAACACAUGAAAAUACACACAGGGGAGAAGCCGUACAAAUGUCAAGUGUGUGGAAAGGCCUUUCUACGGUCACACCACCUCAAGUGCCACUUAACCACACACUCCGGCAAGAAGGAAUAUUCUUGUUCUGAAUGUGGAAAGGAGUUUGGUUUUAAGUCAAGUCUAGAUCUCCACCUGAGGACCCAUUCCAGUGAGAAACCCUUUCACUGCAAUGUGUGCGGGAAGAACUUUAACACUCGGAGGAACCUGAGGCUUCACACCAAACUCCACACCGAUGAAAAAGCUCAUCAGUGUGGGGACUGUGGGCUGAAGAUCGGAGAUCUUGGGGCUUUGAAAAUACACCUGCGGACGCACACCGGCGAAAGACCAUACCACUGCACAGUCUGUGGCAACAGGUUCAUUCGCCUUGCGCAUCUGCGAAAUCACCAGCGCACCCACACUGGUGAGAGACCCUACAAAUGCACUGAAUGUGACAAGAGUUUCACUCAAUCCGGCGACCUGGUGAAGCAUAAGAGGAUACACUCUGGUGAAAAGCCCUUUGAAUGCCCAGACUGCCACCGCCGUUACACCUCCUCCGGCGAUCUAGGCAAACACCGGAGGAGUCACACUAACCUGCGUCCCUACACGUGUCAAGAAUGUGGAAAGAGCUUCCGUUUGUCAGGCCACUUGAAAACUCACAUGUUAACUCACACAGGGGAGAAGCCAUAUUCCUGCCCCAACUGCCUUCGCAGGUUUGCUCGUUCUCACCACCUUUCGGGUCACGUGGCCAAAUGUCGCUGAGCCUUCUAGAGAGGGUUGUAAAUAAGCUAGGUCUCACUUUAAAGUGGUAAUUAUGGAAUCUGUAUGCAGUCUCUACUACUAGAUUUUUUUAAUGAAAGCGUUCAUGUCAAAACUCACAUCUGUAAAUAAUUAUUUAUAUGAACUGUAUGUUACACUCUUGACUCUGAUGACUGUUUUAACUUAUUAUGAAAACUGAAUUGAACUCAUGACUCACGUUUAUUGUUGUUGCAUGGAACUUUAUUGAUGCACUAUUCCAGGCCAUUAUGAUUUUUGGCCAGGAUAGUUUUGUAAAACACUAUUUUAAUGGAGUGUCGAGGACGUGGUAUGGAGGUGGAGUUCAAUGGGACAUGCAGAUAAUGGAUUGGUUUGACUCCACCGAUUAAAAGCUGUAUUAUUUGUAAAAAUGUAAUAAAUUAUUUGGUGAAUGCAUGAA